UAACUCGAACAAGAAUAUUUUUCUGUGUGUAUGCAAAUGUCUCGCAGCUGCUCGCAGUUUGUUUUGAUAAUCAAAACGGUUUUGAUUCGAGGCCAAAAUUAUUCUUAUUUACAUUCGCGUUUGCCCUGUUUUCCGGAUUUUCAUCAACUUUGAUGUGUGUAGGACUCUAAACAAUCUUUAUCAAAAGUGAAGUCAGAUUUGUUUACCAAGAUAUUUAAAAUGGACAACAGCAAGAGAAAGGCGAUAGCGAGAGUCCCAGCAAAAGUAUGUCAAUAUGGCUCGGAUUGCUAUCGCAAAAAUCCUGUACACUUCAAGGAGUUUUCACAUCCUCAUUUGGAAUCAAUCUUAGCGGAUGCUCCAGCCAGCGAAAAAUACCGGAUACCAGAUGAACUUUUCAUAAGUCGUGAAGUUGUUCUCGAGCAACUUAAGAUUUUAGAACAAAUCUAUCCCGAGCUAAUGAACCAGAAUUGCCCGCCGUCAAAGUAUUCCAAGAACAACAAUAGCUUAACUCCUUCAUCCACAAACAACUGCAGCAGCUCCCCUUCGAAACCAUCUCCAUCGAACCAUUCCAAAAAUGACGAUAGUGCCGUUAGCUCACAAUCAAAAGCAAGUUUGACGCCCAAAGCAGCCGAUCCAAAAGUAAACGGUGCUGCGAAACCAAAGUCUCCUGCUCCUAUCCAGAAACCCAACGCUGUUGCGGAUCUGUUCGCUGAGCGCCGCGCUAAAAUGGCCAAAAUACGAGCUGAAGAGCAAAAAAAGCAAGAUCCUCAACCAUCAACCAGUGCAUCCCAGGGUCGAAAUCAAGCAGACACCCCGAAGCAGACGUCAGGGGUCUCACUGAAGAAGGUCAUUCCCCGCAACAUUCAUGAUUACUUCCCUGUUGUGGCGCCCCGGGGACAAAUGGCCAAAAAAUUGGCUGCAGCCGCGCCUUAUAACUAUUUCCUCACAACGAUCACCGACGCCAAAGUGACUCACUCGGAGCCGCUGUCGAUCACAUUUCAGGAACUGCUAGACUCUAGCCUCGGAGAGUUGGAAUGCUCCGUCCAAAUGAACUUCAUGGUCGACAUAGGGUGGCUUUUGGGGCACUACUUUUUUGCCGGUUAUGAAAAUCGCCCUCUACUAAUUUUGUACGGAGAUGAAACCCCGGAGCUGAAGAUGGUAUCGACGAAAAAACCAAAUGUGACAGCGGUUAAGGUGCACAUCGCCACGCCUUUCGGCGUGCAUCACACUAAGAUGGGACUGUACGGAUAUACGGACGGGUCGAUGCGAGUUGUGGUUUCGACGGCUAAUUUGUACGAGGAUGACUGGCACAAUCGAACCCAGGGGCUAUGGGUCAGUCCCAAGUUGCCGCCCGUGCCGGAAGAUGCGGACACGGGGGCAUGCGACAGCAAAACAGGAUUCCGAGAAAGUUUGAUAACUUAUUUGAAUUCGUAUAAAAUAGCCCAAGUGCAACCGUGGGUGGCUCGAAUACAAAAGACUGACUUCAGGGAGGUGAACGUUUUUCUAGUGGCAUCGGUUCCUGGAGGUCAUUUGAAUACGCCCAAAGGACCGCUUUGGGGUCAUCCACGGCUGGGUUAUUUAUUAGGCAAACACUCAGCCCCAAUCGAUGAUGCUUGCCCGCUGGUGGCACAAAGCUCUAGUAUAGGUAGUCUAGGCCCUAACCCGCAGUCAUGGGUUCUAGCGGAACUGAUGGCCAGCUUCAGAAGAGACUCGGCACCUAUUGGCUUACGAAGGAUUCCUGCUUUCAAGAUGAUCUUCCCAAGCUUCUCCAAUGUUAGAAACAGCCAUGACAAUCUAUUGGGAGGAGGAUGCCUACCGUACGUGAAAGCCACUCAUGACAAACAAUUAUGGCUGAAAGACUAUCUACACCAAUGGAGAAGCGAUUCCAGGAAUAGAACCAAAGCGGUGCCGCAUAUUAAAACGUACUGCCGAUGGUCUCACCGAGGAUUGUAUUGGUUUCUGCUGACAUCGGCAAACCUAUCGAAAGCGGCGUGGGGUGUCUACAAUAAAUCAGCCAAGUUUGAAGCACCCCUAAGGAUUAAUAGUUACGAAGCUGGGGUCCUAUUUUUCCCCAAGUUUGUGAUAGACGAAAACUUUUUUCCGAUGGAACCGAAAUUGGGCCAACAGCACCCUCAUUUUCCAAUGCCCUAUGAUGUUCCAAUAAUUCCAUAUGCUCCUGAAGAUAGUCCCUUUUUCAUGGAUUAUCUCAGAGGAUAGUAUUAGUUCACAAAUUUAUUAUUCUUAUUACGAAAUUUCUCGAUUUUUUUUGUAGUACAUAUUCUCAAGUUAUGCUUAUAAAAA